AUGAAACAACUUGCCUUGAUUCUCGCGACGUCGGCUGUGGCAGCUGCUGCAGGCCCGGCCUGUAAGGGCUCCAAGUUAGAGAAAGGAAGCUUCUGCUCGAAAGUGACAUCCGGUUGCGAGUCGCGCUACGUGGCCACUGGAGUCGUCAACGCUCAGUGCGGCUUCUCCGACGGCCAAUGCCUGACCGUCGGGCCUUUCUGCGACCCGCCCGCGUGCAAAGCCGAGGCUGUGAUUUCGAACAAUGUUGCUGCCAACGAUAACCGCCUGGAAAGUGCGGGCAGUGGUGGCUACGUUGUGGAGUUGGCCAAUGGCGACACCGUCUGGACGCAGAACACUUACGGCCACAACCAGCGCGGCCUGGGACAGGCUUUCGAUGCCUCCUCGGCCAGAGACUGGAGCCGUGCGUGGCAUGGCCAGUGCCAUGGUCCCGACUACAAGAAGGCUCCUCUUCAGCUCCGGUACUCCUUCAAGGCCGGGGACCAUGUCAUCACCUCCGUGAAGGUGUGGAAUGUCCCGGGAGCGGGGCACCACGCCGGCAAGAUCGGAGUCAAGUACUGGACCGGCAGCGCCUGGGAAGAUGUCACCAACCAAAGCCCGGAGGGCUUCAGCGACCGCAUCGACUCGGAAGAGAUGGAAAUCCAGUUCGACCCCGUGACCACGUCGCAGUUCCGCCUGGACUUCUGGGCACACGCGAGCGCCGGCAACCCCACGUGUGUGGGAGCAACGGAGGUCCAGAUCAUCGGUUGCAAGGGCUAG